AUGAGCGAGGCCAAGGAGCUCAAGCGGCGGAAGGUGACGGCGACGGCGCCGGUCGAGGACGAGGCCAACGACGCGCCGGCGACCAAGGAGGUGCACGAGCCCAUGGAUGUGGCGCUCGUCAAGCACAUCCUCGAGUCGAUGGGCGUCGACAAGUAUGAGCCGCGCGUCGUGACGCAGCUGCUCGAGUUUGUCCACCGCUACACGACGGAGGUGCUCGUGGACGCUCAAGAGUUCUCGCAGUAUGCCAACAAGGCCGAGAUCGACGCCGACGACGUUCGCCUCGCGGCCAUGGCCCGCUUGAACCACACGUACGCGCAGAUGCCGGCGCGCGAGCUCAUGAUGGAGCUCGCUGAGAAGCGCAAUGCGAUCCCACUCCCGCUCAUCCCGAACGAGUAUGGCGUCCGACUGCCGCCGCCCGAGCUCCAGCUCGCGACGGACCAGAUUCCGUUCACGUCGCCGCACCAGCAACAACACCUCAUGCACCACCACGACGAUCGCAUGGUCGACCGCGCGACCCCCACGACGCACCACCCACCAACGACCGCGCAGCCCCACGGGUCGCGCAACAUCAAGUUUGCCGCGUCGCCGAUCCCGAUCAGCUUCAAGACGACGAGCGUCUAA